UAAGAGCACAGCAGACUGUCGACACUGGUGUGUAUUAAGGGGCGGAAAAAAAGACAUCACACCCAGCCAAAGGCAGCAAUGGGUCAACGGACUGCUGUUUUCUGCAGGAGGACAGAUCUUCUGUUGUGCUGUGGUCCUGCAGCUUAGUGUGGAGGAACUCUAUGCAGGUCAAGGUCAGGAGGAGCCUACAACAACCUCAGGGAACUGUCCCGUCCGGCUCGUGGGACCUGCAGAGGCACACUUUGCCUAAGUUCCACUGCUUUAGCACCUAUAGGCUUUUAAACUUGUACUAUGGAGGGCUGCGUUAAGACUUUGAAGAGGAUGUGAGGCCUGGACUAUUGUAGAGAACUCCCUCAAGCGUCGGUUCCCCCAGCCUGAUCUGGUCUGGUCUCAGACGGAGGGAAUGGGCCCAGCCUCACUGCAGGAGGAGAGGGAGCUGGGCAAAGAGUCCAAGGAGGAGAUGGAGAGUUACCGCUGCCUCCUGCAGGCUGGCUCCCAGCUAGUGAACACUCUGCAGCAGGUGACUGUCCCUCUGAGCAUGAAGGAAGUGGCUGGCUACAUAGAGAAACAGGUGGCAUACUUAUCAGGGGGUCGUGGGGAAGACUCUAGUGUCAUCAUCACCCUCCCCGAGUGCUCUGCCUUCAGUGAUAUUCCAGAAGAAGCUUUAACCAAAGUCUUUACAUACCUCACCCUCAUCCCUAGAACGAGGCAACCUGGAGUCAAAUUUAUCAUUAUUUUAGACAGAAGACUGGAUACCUGGGCCUCUAUCAAAACUGCACUUGCCAGAAUAGCAGCUUCCUUUCCUGGGAAUCUCCACCUGGUCUUGGUGCUCCGACCCACCAGUUUCUUCCAUCGCACUGUUACAGACAUUGGCUUCCGCUUCAGCCAAGAAGACUUCAUGCUUAAGAUGCCAGUGGUGAUGCUGAGCUCCGUAACAGACCUACUGCGCUACAUAGAUGAGAACCAACUGACUUCAGAGUUUGGAGGCACUUUGGACUACUGUCACAGUGACUGGAUUGUUUUACAAACGGCCAUUGAAAGUUUUGCUGUAACCGUCAAAGACAUUGCACAGAUGCUGCAGGGAUUUGGGACUGAGCUGGCAGAGACGGAGCUGCCUGAUGAGGCCAAAGCCAUUGAACAUCUCCUUCAAACUCACACUGAAAAGUACAGAAAACUCAAGGAUGCAAUCAGGUCAGUUUCAAAGGAGGGUCGUCAUCUUCUCUCCAACCUGGAAACCAAUGGGAAGCAGGAGGAAGCCCAGUGGGAUAUGAAGAUAGACUGGGAGACAGUGCAGAGACUUCUUGCCCAGCUCAGAGACAUGGAGUUGGCCUUUGAUGGCUUCUUUGAGAAGCAUCAUCUGAAGCUCCAUCAGUACCUUCAGUUGGUCAGAUAUGAGCAAAGCUUUCAGGAGAUGGACUUAUGUCUGGAGCAUAUCAUGUGUCAGGAGAAGGAAUUGUCUUUAAAUGUGAACACACUGGUCCAAACAGAACAGGCUCUCAAAAGGCUUGAUGACCUGGAAUCAAAUUCACAGGAAGUUAUGUCUCGAGCCCAGAUCAUCAUCCUCCAUGGACAUCAGUUAUUGGCCGGCCACCACUACGCCAUGGCUCUUAUUAUGCAGCGUUGCAACGAGCUUCGCCACCGCUGUGAUACGCUGGCUGCUGCUCUGAAGACCAAGCACUCUCUUCUUCUUCAAACACACCAGCUGCUGCUCUGUCUGGGACAGGUCCAAACGUGGUGUGAUGAAGGAGCAUAUUUGUUGGCAAAUCAGUUAGUUGAUAAGUUCCAGUCGAAGGAUGGAGCCCAAGCUGCUUUGAGAGACAUAGAGAUGUUCUUGGAAGGGGCGCCGCCUUUGCUAAAUUCAGGUCUCGACAUUCUGGCUAUCGAGUAUGAAGCUGUCAUAACGCCUCAGCUGCAGGCUCAGAUUGAGAAAACGGUGGAAAAGCAUGCAGCGGUGCAGCAGAUGAUCCAGAACCGACAGGCUUGUCUCAGGAAGCUGGCUGAUAAACAUGUGCGACCGGUCCAGCUGGUGGCGCCCAGGCCGGAAAACCCUGCACGCUCCAAAUCCCCACUCUUCUCCCCAAAGCAUGGUGAUGGUCUGAAGUUCACAUUUGACCUUUCUCUUCCUGGGAAGAAAGCAUCCAGAAAAAGUCCCAACCCUAGAAAAAUAGAGGUGAUUCAUGAUUUCCAGGAGAGCCGGAGCUGUGUGUUGUACAAUCUGGAUGGAGACGACAGUCCAGACCUCUUAAAGCGUCACGUGAUGAGGGAACUCAUAGAGACUGAAAGAAUUUAUGUGGAGGAGCUGCUGUCCAUGCUAAUGGGUUACAGGGCUGAAAUGGAUAACCCAGCUCUGGCGGGGCUUCUGCCUCCAAUACUUCGCAGUAAGAGAGACAUUUUAUUUGGAAACAUGCCUGAGAUCUACAAUUUCCACAGCAGGAUUUUCCUCCAGGACUUGGAGGGAUGCCUGGAGGCUCCGGAGAGGGUGGGAGCCAUUUUUCUGGAGCGGAAAGAAAGUUUCCAAAUGUACGAAUGCUACUGUCAGAAUAAGCCGCGUUCUGAAGCUCUGUGGAGACAAUUCUCAGACUGCGGCUUCUUUCAGGAAUGUCAGAAAAAGUUGGAGCACAAACUGGGCCUGGAUUCUUACCUGUUAAAACCGGUUCAACGCCUCACCAAAUAUCAGCUGCUUCUCAAGGAGCUAUUAAAAUACAGUCCAGAUUGUGAAGGCACGUGUGAGCUGCAGGGGGCGCUGACGGCCAUGCUGGAACUGCUCAAAUCAGUCAACGACUCCAUGCAUCAGAUUGCCAUCACUGGAUAUGAUGGUGACAUCUGUGAGCUGGGCCGUGUGCUGAUGCAGGGCUCGUUCAGCGUCUGGAUCAGCCAUAAGAGAGGUCCCACGCGCAUGAAGGAGUUGGCUCGCUUCAAGCCAAUGCAGAGACACCUCUUCUUGUACGAGAGGGCUCUGCUGCUCUGCAAACGACGGGAGGAACACGGGGAUAGCAGUGACAAGACCCCCUCGUACAGUUUCAAGCACUGUCUCAAGAUGACUGCUGUGGGUAUCACAGAGAAUGUCAAGGGAGAUGUGAAGAAGUUCGAGAUCUGGUACAGUGGCAGGGAGGAGGUUUACGUUGUUCAGGCUCCUACGGUGGAGGUGAAGAUAGCCUGGCUCAGUGAGCUCCGUCGAAUUCUGACCAACCAACAGAAGCUGCUUCGAGAUGAAGCAUAUCAACAUGGCCAACUGGCUGAACACAUACCACUGUCUCCACCGCCCACGGAGAGCAAACAGCAGAGGGUGUCAGUGAGCUCAGAGGAGACGGAGUCCGGCAGGAGCAGUCCAGACCUGCAACCUCGCUCACCCAAACACCAGCACAACCGCAGGAGCUGGCCCGGAGCUCACCACUCAGUAGACAUCUGCGAGGGCCUGGAGGAGUGGUCUGGGAGUCGGGACGUCCUCCACCCAUCUGACACAGACGAGGAUGUUUUGGUGCAGAUGUCUCCAGGGAGGUACAGAGCGUUGGCUGACUGCCCCCAAAACGGGCCAGAAAGCAUCACCAUCAAAUGUGGAGAUGUCAUCCAAUUACAAUUUGAAAACGGCAGGGGGAGCUGGCUGGUGAAGAAUCUCAGUCGGCGACAGGAGGGCUUCAUGGCAGCUGCCACCCUGCAGCUGCUCAUAGGAGACAGCAGCCGGGAGCACUCCUCCAGGCUGGGGGACCCGGGAAACCUGAAGAUGAGAAAGCUGAGCUCCCCAUAGAAAGAAGAGCACAGAGCCCCGGUCUUAUCUCAACCUGUAGACAGUGAGCUAACAACUUCUCUCAGCACAGUUCAGUCAUUAAAAAAGGAAAUGUGGAAAUCCAGACCUACUUUUCUCCCUCAGCUUUUCCUGACAAUAUCCUGAACUAAUCUUUUUGGAGAGGCGAGGAGCGUGCGGGCACCAGCUCAAAGGCACAUCAGCUGUUUAAGCCCUACUGGACAAUCAACGGUCUCAUCUGGGAUCCUGUUUGGUCUUCCUCUUUUCUGACUGGUAGUUGCUAUCUUUUCCCUUCGGCGACCCUUCUUAGUCGGAUUAUUCGCGGGGGGUCAUUUCACACACUGUGAACUCUCUUAUUCAAGCUCAUGCUUGAGGUUGCACCGCAUCGAAGUGACUGUGUGUUUUCCUGUCUGGCUCGGUGAGUCCUGAAUGGAUGGAAACCCAAGAACAUUUGCUUGUGAAAUGUCUUAAAACGGGGACAAUGGCAUAUACAGUGCAAUUUUUAAACGUUUAGUGAAUCUCACUGUUUUCAUUUCUUUUAUAACGAUUUCACAUUUUUAUUUUUCUUCCACUCUUCUACAGUUUAAGAGUUCAAAUGCCAAAAUGUGCCAUGCCAUAAUGCCUUUUUAUCCCCGUUCUUUUUUUUAGGAUGUCAUAUACUGUUUGCUUUGAAUGACCUCAAGAAAAUUCAAUAGGCACUUUAAUAAGGUGGAGCUAUAGUGUUCAUUUGGGGAAGGUGGGUCCGUUGGUAGAGCGUUCGCCCAUGAACCUGAAGGUCAGUGGUUCGAACCCUAGUUCCUCCUGUGUCCACCAAAGUGUCCUUGGGCAAGACACUGAAUCCCUGUUUGCUCCCGGUUGUCAGGCCAGCGCCGUUGUAUGGCAGCUCCGCCGACAACCGGUGUGUGAAUGUGUGAAUGUGUGCGUGUGUGGGUGAAUGUCUACAGUGUAAAGCGCUUUGGGGCUGUAGGAGUACAGCUGGAAAGUGCUAUAUAAGUGUAAGCCAUUUACCAUUGAUUUAAAAAAUGGUCUACUGAAUGUGUCCUUUGCUUGCUGCUUUACCUAUCUCACUGUGUAUCUUCAUUCCUGCUGUGCUCCUUUGUUUACUCUUGAAUGUACAUACGAUGUGUUUGGGAGGGAAGACGUAUAUCCUUUGCAUGCAGGCAGGCAGGUGAGGCUUCAGCCAAUGAGAAUGUAUUGCGCAGAGGAGCAUGAUGGAAAUUUAUGGCAAUAUAUUCCUUCCAAUGUGCCGGAGACAAAUGGAAGUCGCCACUGAGCGUGAAAUGCCAUCAUUUUCCACAAGAUCUUCUGAGAACUACCCGUCAUUCAGUGCUGACGAGGACGAGCGAGGCAGAGCGAGGGAAAACUGCUGCAUGCAUUCAGUCAUCACAGGAGCAGACUGGUUCCUCCUCUACGUCACGGCUCAGUUAAUCUCUGCUUUGCCAUUAAAAGGGAUCAUACGGACAUAAAAAAUAUACCCUCUUUGUCAAACAGUUAAUUAAAUAUUGAUUGCAGACUUAAAUGAUUUUCCACAUCAAAUCGAGGCCCUGGUCAGAGGGCUGCCUUUGAUACGCUGCGUUUGAUAUGGAAAUGAGUUGGGAACGCAGCAGGGGCUGCUGCACACCACACAUUUCCUAAGUUGCUCAUUUAUUUAUAUUGCUGCUCUUUUAUUCUUUCAUAUUAUGAGGUAUCUGUAUAUUCCCAAACUGUCCACAUAUUUACACGAGCUGCGCCUGACUGCACUAGAGCACCCCGUUUAUUUGUCCUUUUUAGCUCACAACAUUGACAUGGGUUUUAUUUGUUAUGUCAAUCCAAAAUGCUGCAGAAUUUGCACAGAUUUUAUAGUCUGGAAAAAAAAAUGCUUUAAAUAAUAUGAAUCCUGGUGAGCCAAGUAGCCCACAGUAAGCUUGCUGCUAAACAUCUCUUUAUGUUAAAAUGCAUGAUAACUGGGCGAAGAGCAGUUUCUUAUAAAACAGCCCAUGCUCUGCACUUUUUGUACAGAUUUUGUUCUGUAGGAAGUAUUUAUUGUCAUAACCUCUUUUUAAAAGUAGGCUAAUUGAAAUUAUGAAAACAUUUUAACAUGGUGAUAUUUUUGGCUAAAAAGCUUUUGGUUGCAAGAUAAUAUUUUAAAAAGAAAAGAAAAGAAAAAAAAAGCACUUACCAGGGGACAGAAGUGCUGUUUGCUGAAACUGUUUGUUUAAUCUGUGCAUUGUUGGUAUGACUUGAAUUUUGUGUCUGUUUAUUUUACAAAGUGCAUAAUUAAUGACGAUGCUUCUUAAACACACCCAUAUAGAAUACUCUGUAUAUUCUUUAUAAUACAACUUGCUUUUGGCAUUAUUUCACUUUUCGUCUUUCUGCGUAGUUCUGCAUUUUCUUUCAUGUGUGCCAUGUACUGCUGUCUUGGUGCAACAGUAUCCAGAGACUGCAGUGCUCAGGUAAACCUGACUGUGUGGACACGUUGUUGUUUGCACAUUUUGGAGUUUGCUUUGUGUCCAUAUUCAACAAUCACAUACUACA